GUCUAGCGCGCAUGGUAAGGCACUCGCAUAGGCAAAGCAGCAGCGGUGGGCAGAUCCGUAGAUCAGGGCAGUACAGCAGAACGGUCCCCUGCAUAUCGCAGCUCUCCCACCGUUUCGUUCUUUCUGCUUCAAUUCGCCAGGGAUCUACAGGACAAUAAACAAUACAACAUCGGUCAUCUUGCAGCUCGAAGAACGUUGCACGAUUGGAAGGUGGUGUCCGUCUUUGUGUGCUUUUUGCUUUUCCCUUUUUUGCGUUUUCCUGAGGGAUUGCUAGACUGGGGUUUGGCUCAAUUUAUACCGAGACACAGAAGCUGCGGGGGAGAAAAAAAUAAAGGAGCGGAGCCAGGAAAAGAGAAAAGAAUAAACAUGUCCAGCCCGGCUGAAAUGUGAAAAUGCUGUCUGUUAAGGUUGUCAGUACCGCCGAGGGCUCGAUGAAUCAUCCUGGAAAAGCAAAAGAGGAAAUUCAGCAAAAUAUCAUCCGAGCAACAGCCGAAGGCGAGGACGGUGUCAGCCGCGCUGUGAAUCCAUCUCAACCCGAAUGUUGACCUGCUUCAAAACCAAGAAACGUGAGUGCUGACUUUUACACUGCUUAGCCAGUUCCGAGAGAAGCCUGCGUGAGAUGUCAACUGCCUGACUCACCAGGGAAGCAGAUUGGAGAACGGGAGUUGUCAGACCAACGUGCCCACUUCCCCUUGCCAGGGUGCCCACACCUUUUUUCAGGGCAACAGAGUGCACGCAGAGGAGGCUAUGCCAGGCAUCCGGAAGGCCCAACGCAGGGAACAGAGUGCCAACAGCAAGCACAGCCGAUCAAGGGAUAUCAAGUGCAAUGGGAGGAAAGACUCUGGAGAAGCUCCCUGCAUCACCUUCCUUGACUCUCAAGCUAUGAAGAAGGACAUGAAACAAAAGAUCAGGACUUGUAGCCCCCUAACUUGCCUUGCACUUACCUCUGACGACUGUAAUUCUCUUGAUUCUGCAAUGGGUCCUGAUCUCGGCUGUCAAGAGAGGAAGAAUGACAAUGAAAAAAAAGACUUGCUUGCUCCAGAAGGGCAGAAUGGUGACGCAAAAGAAAAUAAUCCAUUACCUUACAGCCCACUGCAGCAUUGCAACAGGUCCGACCUGCCUUUACACACCUCUGGGCAUGAUAGUGCCCAGGAAGAGGAUGCCCCUUCGCUUAGUUUGUUGGACAGACUCAACAGAAGUCAACAGGGUCUGGCAGAGGAGUUGUUGGAGGGAACUGAGGACAAUGAAGAGACCUUAAAAAACUUAUCCAGCUCAAUGCUUCUGUCUCCUGACAGGGGUAAUAUUGACAACAUCCUGUCAUUAUUGCAAAGAAAAUGUGGCAAUGGUCGUAUCAAUCUGUGCCCAGUGGUCCAGCUUAUUGACAUCACAAAGGAUAAGGGUCGACUGUCUGAAGAUCUGCAGUCCAGUGGGGUAAAACUAGAUUGUACUGACCUUGGAGAGGAAGGUUGCUGUGAAGAUAAUCAGCAAGGUAAAGAAAUGGAGAUGCCUUCUGAGAUGUCUUCCAUGCACUAUAAUUUCUUCUCCUCACCCUCACUGGCCAAUGGCAUUCGUAGUCCAGAAGAAAAAAUCCUUAAGAAGCCAAGGAUUGGACCCAGGGGUCGGCGGCGACAUAUUGCCCAGCAACGAGAACUGCAACAUAUGACCCCUCAGCCAGAGGUGCAACAGCAAGAUUUGAUGCCAGACCCUCUACAGCAGGCUUCACAGAAAGAGGAGCUAGAGACUCAGCCCGAAGUUGUACCAGCUUUACUGGUCCCACAAGAGGAAGUACUAACCCUCGAUGUGACAGAGGAGCAGCCUCUCACAAUGCCCCAGGAAAUUAUUGCUCCUCUUGAGCCUGUAGAACCAAUGGAAGAAAUUCCAGUUCAUUCCCCAGUGACUGCAAACCCCAUUAUAGCAGAAUGCCAACCUAUUGAUAUAAUCCCCACUAGCAUGCCAAUGACAAAUGUUAAUGCUACUAUAGUGCAUGCAAGCACACCUGAAGUGAAAGAAAACACUUUGGUAAGUCAGCUGCAGCAGCAGAUAAGUGAGAAGGACAAUUCAUCAAUGACGCAGACCCCAGAAACAGAAAGAAAAUAUUCAUUGCGGAGUUUGCACAGGCCAAGGAUACAAUGCCAUCUUAGGAAAUCAUCCCGAUUGAGACGAUCUUUGGCAGGAUGCACUAAAGAAAGGAAGAACAGAAUGCCCGUCCCAUCAGUUGAUGUACCUUUGCAGAUAAUAGAGGAACCUCUACAAUUACAGGAUGAUGAUUGUGAGAAGGCACAAGGAGACUUCAGGCAAGGGAGUAAUGAUCAGGAUGGCAUAAUAGACCUGAAGAGCUAUGACACUGAACAAGAGGGCAGCGAGGUUCCCAUUGAGAGUCUCAUCGAGCUUGAGGCAGAACCAUUGGAAGAAACAGACAUGACACGAGGCAAGAAGAGAGGAAGGUGUGUCGGUGUUCGUAAGAUCGUUGUCAAAGUGGCACGAAUUCCUGUAAAUAUGGGCCGGAGAAGCAAGAGCUACAAAAUCUCAUCAGUGGAGAACCCAGUGGUGUUGGACACAAUGGCAGGAAUAGCUGGAAAAGAUGCCAAUAAAGGACCACCUCGAGAGCCAGCUGCAUUACUGAAGAUGAAAAAUAAUGGCAAGAAUGUGAUGGUCAUGUUUCCUCCAGGGGAGCUGCCCGUCAUCUUGAAAAGAAGGCGGGGAAGGCCGCCAAAACAAGUACCUCCAGGUCAACCUGACCCCAGAGUAAUAAAAGCCAAUGAGGUGAAAAAGCCACGCCGGCGCAGAAGAGUGAAAUUGCCUUCUCCACAGCCCUCCUACGUGGCAGACACCAAUGAUGCAAAAACAGAUUACGGUGACGUCCUUUCUAAGUUAGCCUUCCUCAAUCGUCAGCCCCCUACCACUGGCCGCUGUUCGCCUCCUCGAUGCUGGACUCCCACUGAACCUAAAAACACUCUGCAGUCCCCUGAUACUCCAAAUAUCGCAAUCCUUAUUCAGCGACUGCAAGGAUUCCGCCGGAGAGGUGGAAGGGCAGGGUGCAUGGGUGGAAGAGGAGGACUGGCGAAUGCAAAUGAAUCCUUCAAACGAUCAUUCAGUGACUUCUUUGAGACGAUUGGAAAGAAAAGAAAAACCCCACCAUCAGACUCGCACUUUCCACGGAAGCGUGGCAGAGCAGCGUCAGUACACUCUUACACUGCACCAUCGGCCGAGAGAGUGAUUAGGAAGAGACGCCCCCGAAAGAAUGGCAUCCUAAAGGGAGCACAGCAAGGUAUGAAUCAAGAUUCUGACUGGAGCAAGGGUAGCAGCUGGCCCGCAAAAUCAGAAGGAAGACAGAACCAAGCAGAAAAGAGUUAUGGAUACCAAAACCUGACAUCUUCUCGCAGUUUUGUAGCCUGUGAUGCUGGCAAAGGGGGUUUCUACUCCAGUCAGACCCAGGGGAACCAAGAAUCCCAAGGGUUGUUUACUGGGUACUUUCGUUCACUCCUUGAUUCUGAUGACUCUUCUGACCUAAUAGAUUUCUCCAUGUCUUCACAGUCAUCGAGAGCUGAAUCUCAUAAACUUCCUGGUUGUUUCGAAACAGCCAAUGCAGCUCAGUGCCAACGGUGGUCUCCUGUUUACCAAAAGCGGUGUCCCAAAGCAAGCCCAAACAAUUCUGAGUCUGUCUCUCAGGCAUCAAAUCUCUCCAGAUCUGCGUAUCCCCAGGUUGGAACCGGAACUGGGACUGGAACUGGGACUGGAACCACAACUGCAACAUAUAGCCUUUCACAGAAUUCUCCUACAUCCUUCCAAAAAAUGGUCCCACCACUUUCUCUGUCCAGGUCUCCAAGUUCACCACACCCAGCUGGAAGUUUUUCCCACUAUCCUGGCUUUGGGUCUGGAUCACAGUCAAUGAGCAGUACUUCUAAUGCCUCUUUGCCAACAAUGAAACAGUUUGAAGGACAGCGUAACCCAGACUGUAGUUUCCCUUAUGGUAGUGGCAGCAGCAAAUCACUGCAGGUGUCUCCAGGAAGCAGUUCAAGCACAUGCUUUGCAGGCCUCCAAGGCACAAAUCCAUUAAGUAAAUGCAUAUAUAGUAGUGGUCACUUUCAAGGCAUUGCGCAUACGCCCUCAUUGCAAGGGGAAAAUCAUGGUAGAACUGCAUCUCCUGGGAAUUUUAUGCACACAAAAAACACCAAUGAGUCUUUUCCCUCUUCCCCAGAAAGCUGUCGUCAGUACUCCUCAACUGCUCAGUGGGGCUACCGACCCAGCUAUCCAGGGUGUGGCGGAGUCUGGAAUACUGAUUCUUUCAGGCCACAUUUUCCUGGUUCCUUUGACUAUGGCACCUAUAAUGAACCUAAAGAUAUCCUGGACAUUUCCAACUACACCCCUCAAAAAGUGAAGCAGCGUUCCUUCUCAGAAACCUUCUCAGAGUCCUCAUCUGAUAGCUCUCACUUCGGGCAGCAAGCACCAGUUGCAUCAACAGGAAGUUCUUACAAGCAGCAUGACCCGCCCCCACCCCCACCUGCUUCUGCGGAAAGCCAAUCCAGCCUCUCCAGUUUGGAAAAACUGAUGAUGGAUUGGAAUGAGACCUCCUCAGCUCCGUCAUACAACUGGAAUCAGAGUGUCCUGUUCCAAGGAGGUACCAAACCUGGACGGGGUAGGCGGAAAAAAGCCGAAACUCAAGCAGAAGCUUGUCACCUUGGUUUCCCUCCUGUCCCUUCUCCUUCAAGCUCCUCUUCACCAAUUCCAGGUCCAAAAAGGGGCUCCAUGGGAGGUAGACAACCAAGAGGAUCCCGUGGUGGAUUCUCCUCCUGCAGACGAGAACGCACCACUCUGGCAAAACCCAAGGCUCAUAAACAGCCUAACCAACCAUCCGCAAUGCCUCUGUUUCAGGACAGCCCAGACCUAGGAAUGGACUAUUACAGUGGUGAUAGUAGUAGUAUGUCCCCACUUUCAUCACAAUCGCAAAACCUAGGACUGAGUGAAAGAGAGCAGUGUGGAUACUCAAGCCCUUACUCGGUUAACCCUUCCACACCAUCCUCAGAGGAGAAGUUUACCCAGAUUUUCCAUAAUGAAACGGCCUCUUUGUCACCAGUUGUUGGAUUACAGCUUGAGUCUAAAUCCUUCCAGUCACCCCCUUCCAAGCCCCCUCAUCCUUAUGGGGGCCAUUCCAAAGCCUUCUCACCCAACUGUUCUCCGACAUUAGCAUACAAAGACAGCAACAGCCUCAUGCCCUGUGAUGCCAGGAGACUUCUUUCCUGUGCUGCCCAGAGUCCCCAUAGAGUUGGCAAAGAUAUGCCCGGAUCUCAGUAUGAUUCUCCUCCCUACAGCAGCUCUGCAUAUUGGUAUCAACAGAGCAGCUCAUUAACGGGGAGUCCUCACCACUAUGAGAAGAGAGAUGAAUUUUUGGAGAGGAACAACAUCAUGGGAACUAGUCCACAUCUACUUAAUUCCAUAUCUCUGGGCAGGACUGAGAAGGACACCCAAGAGAUGCCUAGGGGAGGACCACUCAGACCCACAUCCUCCUAUCCCCCACUUUCAGUUGGUCCUAAUCCUCUGGUCGCUUCAUCGUCGGCUGCAGUUGAAAUGAACUCGCCUCCUUCUGGACUAAAUGACCCUGGCCUCCAAGUUUCUUUGGAAACCUACCACCUCCGUUAUCCCAGUCUUCAGACACAUGGGCAGGCUGGCCUAAGCCUCUCCUCUCAUCGUGGUGGCGUCUUGAGCCAACUGCUCGACCAGCACGCCGAGGACACUUUCACAGUGACCAGCCUAUAGGGUCUGGGGCAGGGAGGGUAAGCAACGCUACUGGGAAGAUCAAGGGUCUGUUUAUAGGUAGGCAACACUUUCAACAGCUCACACAAUGAAAUGGAACAAAGCGACAUGUUAAAAGACUUCUAUUUUUGUAAUAUUCACUCAUGUGUGUCCUUCUUGAUGCCAUACACCCAUUUCUUCAUUUUCUGCCUUUUGCUAUUUUAAGUUUGGCUUUUGAAUUAAAAAAAACAA